AUGGAGCUCUACAUCAACGCGGCCGAGGGCUUCAUCGUCACCGAGACCGACCUCAAGGACGAGAUUGACCGUCUCUUCCACGAGGACUACUUCCGCAAGCAGAGCAUCAAGGGAUACCGCCCCGGCGCCACGGAGAACGUCUGGGGCGUCCACGGCAAGCCCCCCGGCGUGGCCACCAUGUUCGAGAGUGUCACGCGGACCUCGACCAACCUCGCGAGCGCGAGCGAGUCCGAGUUUGAUCACUCGGUCAAGCGCACGAAGAAGAUUUCGGAGGAGCUUACCGGCGGUAAGAUGGCAUAG